UCUUCUGCUGUUCUCCUCUUCUUCAUCGCGCAAAAAAAGUAGAGGGUUAAACGGGGUAGAAACCGGAAGAGCUCAAAUUUUGAAGUUAAAGGGUUUCGAGGAUAAGGGAUUUCUGAGAAGAUGGUUGGAUUUAGCGGCGAUGAAACUGCUCCUUUCUUCGGGUUCCUCGGUGCCGCAGCAGCGCUUGUGUUCUCCUGUAUGGGGGCGGCCUACGGGACGGCGAAGAGCGGCGUAGGCGUGGCCUCGAUGGGGGUCAUGCGGCCGGAGCUUGUUAUGAAGUCAAUUGUGCCCGUGGUCAUGGCUGGUGUUCUCGGUAUUUACGGAUUGAUUAUUGCGGUGAUUAUUAGCACGGGAAUUAAUCCCAAGGCCAAGUCUUAUUACCUUUUUGACGGAUACGCUCACCUAUCUUCCGGCCUUGCAUGUGGCCUUGCUGGUCUAUCAGCUGGCAUGGCUAUUGGGAUCGUCGGUGAUGCUGGUGUGAGGUAAAUUUCCACCUACUGCAGGAGUUUUU